AUGAAAAAUAAUGUUGCUUUAUAAUUAUUUUUCCUAGCUCUAAAUACAGCAAAUAUUAUAAUAGACUAGUCUUUACAUUGUAACUGUGUAGAGCUGAAUAAGGAAGAUUGCAAUGUUUCAUCUUAAUGGUGCAUUUGGAAUACCACAAGUUCAGAGUGUUAGUCAUAUACAUUUAAUUGUUCCAAUCAAACAAAAGAAACAAAAUGUAAUAUUCAGAGUGAUUUAUGCAAAUGGAAUAAUGGAGAAUGUGUAGAAAAUUAUAAAGUUUGUUCUAGUUUUACAAUUUAAUCAAAAUGUUAAAAUUCAAGUGGUUGCUAUUGGAGUAAAGCUAAUAUUUGUGAAAAUUUUUCGAAUUGUUCAAAUUACUCUGUUGAUAAUUGCCCAACAUAAGAAUGGUGUUCAAAAUAUUUUGGAAAAUGCGUAGAUUACGUAUUUGUCACAUGUUCCUAAUUUAAAUCAAUGUCAACUUGUUCUGGAUUUCAGUCUAAAUCAACCUAUUGUGUAUGGGAUAAUAAUGAUAAAUGCACUUCUUUUUAAUAAAUUACAGAUUGUUCAGAUCUCAAUAAUUUUAAUGAAGAAUAAUGUAAAUAAAAUGAUUGUGUUUAUGAAAACAAAGUUUGUCGAUAUCCAAAAUGUUCAGAUAAUACAUAGACUACUUGUUCAGCUGUAAGAAUUACAGGAACUUCUUAAUACACUCUUUGUUUGUUCACACAAGAUAAAUGCUAGGAUGCUAAAGAUGUAUCAACCUUAACAAAAGAUACUUGCUUUUUAAGAACUAAAAGAAAUUAUAAAUGGUUUAAUAAUCAAUGUGUUCCAUGCGACAAUUUAAUUGAUUCAUCUUUUAGAUUUCAAUUUUGUUUUUCAGUCCUUUUAUUCUUAUUUAUUGCAGUAUGA